AUGGGCUCUAACCCGACUGACCCUGGCGUGCCCCCGCCGCCGCCAAAGGGCGGUGAGACGAUCAAGCAGCUGCAGGACAACAGCGGCUCCAAGAUGGUGGUGGUGCAGGACGGCAUAUACGCCAGCGCGCCCGAGAAGCCGCUGCGCAUUACCGGCGACCUCAAACAGAUCGAGCGCGCCAAGCAGCUGGUGUUCGACCUGAUGGCCGAGAAGGACAACUACGGCCCUGGACUCACCGGGGCCCGUGGGCGUCUGUUUGUCAGCUGCGAUAACGUCGGUGGCGGCGGCCGUGGCCCGCGUCGCGCGCGCCUCGCUGACGCCGGCGUGGCGCGCCGCCAGGUGACGGUGCCGCAGGCGGCCGUCGGCGUCGUCAUCGGCAAGGGCGGCGAGAUGAUCAAGAAGGUGCAGAACGACACGGGCCGCCAACAUUCAGUUCCAGCAAUCGAGCACGCCAAGGUCAUCAUCCAGGAGCUGAUCGAGAGCGUGAUGAAGCGCGACCAGAUGGGGGCUGGGGCAACAACUUCCACAACCCGGGCGUGUGGGGCCAGCAGCAGAACGACCCCCGGUAAACAGGACGGCGGCUGGAACAGCUACUACGCCCAGUACUACGGCGGCCAGGGCGGCCAGGCGCCCGGCGGCCCCGGCCCCGGUCCCGGCCCCGGCCCGCAGCCGCAGGCAGCGCCAGGCAACGCGCCCGGCAUGAACCCCGGCGGCGGCCAGGACUUCAGCGCCCAGUGGGCCGAGUACUACCGCAACAUGGGCAUGAUCCGCGAGGCUGAGGCCAUCGAGCAGCAGAGCAAGGCCAACAAGGCGGCGGCCGGCGGCGGCGGCGCGCAGCCGGCGGCCGCGCAGCCGGCGGCGGCUCAGCCGGCCGCCAACGGCGCGCAGGCCGACUACAGCGCUCAGUGGCUGGAGUACUACCGCUCUCAGGGCCUGAUGGCCGAGGCCGAGAAGCUCGAGCAACAGAUGAAGAGCAGCAAGCAGCAGCAGCAGCAGCAGCCACAGUCGCAGGCGCCGACGCCGGCCAGCGGC